GCCCACAUCUCUCUCCUCUUUUACUCCACUGCUGUGCUAGCCUCGCUCACACCACAUGGCGCGUGGAAAGUCGAAAAUUCUCGGUCCGCAAGAAGACCAUGCAACGGCAAAGGAGGGCGACGCUGAAGUCUCCGAUUACGAGCUCGCUCGACUAGCUCGAAUCAAACGAAAUGAGGCAUUUAUGGCAAAGUUGUCGAUCAGUGCUCUAAAGACAGCGCCUUCCACAGCGGCAGCGGCGAAGAAGAAGCGCUCGCCCUCGAAGCGACCACGGGACCCAGCCUCGAGGACGGCACCGUCUCGAACGUCGAAGCGACUAAGAAGCAAAGCGGCGGAUCCCCAAGACUUGGUGGCAAUACCUGGCACGUGGAUCUCCAGCCUUGCGCGUGCAACAACCAAGCCGGGAGGAGCACCUUCAUCGUUUCGACACGACUACGGGCCGGAGCUGGAUCCAGAAGAAGCCGAAGAGAGGAUGGAGGUGUUGAAAGGUCUCAUCGAUGCCAGAGAUGAAGCCAAGGCGGGUACAGCGAGUUACAACCACUGCCUUCACCGCGUGCGGACGAUGUCCGAUGUCAGCCUCGCACGAAGGGUGCACACCAUCGAGCGAGCUCGAGGAGCCCAGGCGAAGGAAAAGAUGUUGGUUUUCUCCCGGGUUUUAACGGCCAAGGGAAAGACGGACCUCGCCGAGAUGGCCGAGGCUGCCCUUGACAGGCUCGUUCGGGGCGUUCCAAUGCCCGAGAAGGAGAGGUGACGAGCAACCGGAACCAGAUCCCCCGAGGGACUGAAACCAAAAGACCAGUUCACGCGGAACAUGGUGGUUGUGUGCUCUCUCUGGUGCGGCACAUCACUGCUCGGAUUGUGUCAACAGCGGUCAAGCGUCUUUGAGAGACUUCCAGACGGACGGAAGGACGAACAAACGUAGUCCCGGGAGGGCGUUGUUUUCUAGGCAGUGCACCGAUGCGGCCCCUAACACUGAGGGCCAUGGUGGUGGUGCUGCUGCUGGUAAUUAUCCUCUGUGGAGGGCGUGCAGUAGGUGGCGGUGUGUGUAGCAGGUAAACCUCGAUGAGCUUAAUGCACGUGUUCGAGCUCGGGCUAUGAUGAAGCUCAUACUUUUUAGUGGCACAUCAGCAAACGGCGCAGGCACACAGCCACAGCAGGGUCGGACGAGGUCUAUCGUCCAAGGCUAGCUAGCAGGUGAUGACGUCGUUGUUGAAUGGACGUAGCUGAGUGUCGAGCGGCCGUAUGUUAGUAGCAGCGUAUGCUUUUGUGUACGCUAAUGUGGGCGAACCUAAGUGAUGCGCACUUUUGAUUGUUUCAGAUCAUUCAUCGGACCUCAGGUGGACAUCGAAGUCGCCCUCGUCCUUGUUUUUCCGGAGCGUACACUAGUUCGAACUUAGGGCCCUACUAUUUCGUGACCGAGUCGGCGUAUAUCCCAAUGUAUCCUGGGUACAUCGAACACUACUUGCUGUUGUGGGCAGUGUUUUCACCGGUUCGGCCACGAAGUCAACGUUUUACAAUCCUGACCGUUCUACCGGCUGACUCCUAACCCUUACCAUUCCCACCAAACAAGGGCGUUUCACUCUUCCCU